ACCAGGUCCCGUGCGACUGAAGGUGCUCGACUGGCUUCUGCUUUCCCAAUUCGAUUAGCCGGACCAUUUGAUUCUUUGCGGCAGCCGAACCUUCAUUCUUUCCAUUUCUCCGGCGACCCUGCCGAUCUGUAGUCGGUGUCCGGCAACAGUAACGGUUGUGCUGGACAGUAAAACUAUAUUCUUAUUUUCAUGGGAUGGCAGUAAGUUUCUUACAGGAACCCCAUUGUGGAUUUGAGAAUACUGCCAUCAUUACCAAUUCCGCGCAUUCGCCAGUAGCAUCAAAAGCCAAUAAGAUCGUUGAGGUUGAUGAUGAAAAACAGCGAAAUGAAUGCAAGCAUUUUACCAUUCGCGGAUAUGUUGCUGAGGUUCGCAAAAGAGAUAUCAACAAUUGUUGGCCAUUUUUGCUUCAUAAUUAUGCAUCACUGGAAACCGCCAAUGUGUGUCCUCCUCUACCUGUUGCAAAAUUUAGGUGGUGGGGUUGUCAGAAUUGUGUUUGUGAUGUCAUUGCUUCUACAGCCCAGAUGGCUACUGAUGGAGCUAUGAGUGUACAAAAUGAAGAUGAGAAAAGUAACAAUAACUCAUUGCUGGGAAAAGCUACUGAAAGGUCUCAGCUUGAUGCAAGAAAAGUGUCGUCUAAACUGCCACAAAUUUCUAAAGAAAACAACCUAAAAGAAAUCUUAAAGAUAAACGAUUGUUUUGUUAAUAUCAGCAGGGUUGGAAAGGAAGAAAAUGAAUGUCUACAAAGGUAUCCAAUGGAAGAAGGUCACAAAGGUGAUCAGGAUAGUCAAAAUGAGAUUCAAAUUGUUGUAAGCAAAGCUAACUGUGUUUCUAAUGGACGCAUUGCUCCCAACAAAAGAAAAAGAGAAUAUAGAAAUUCUGUUGGCAGGAAAAAGUUAGGGGUUGCCUAUCUAAAAAACGUUUUAAGCACUGCUUUAAUCAAGCAUAAAGAAACUAAACUAAAUAAGAUUGGUCAUUCCAAGUUACUUGGUGGAGAUGCCACAUCCAUCAGAUUCAAGUUCACAUUACAAAGGUCAGAAGAAUAUAAGGCGCCUAAAAGAAGAAGGGUAGAAAAGAGAACAAAAAAUGAUUUCAUGAAAGGACAUACAAAGGUAGAUAUGGUUGUUGGAAAAAAUGAUGUUGUAGAUGCUGAUCCAGCUCAUACAUUGUGCUGUGGUGCCUGCUGCCAAGAUAAGAGAAUCUGUGGAGCAUCUGUUGAUGGCUCAAAGUAUAUGGGUGUUACUGAUGAUAAACAUCAAAUAGAAAAUGAGGUUGAAAACAAGCACAAUAAGAAGGCUAGAAAAGUUCGCUUUCUGGAAGAUAUCAUAAGAAGUGAAACACAGCAUACGAUUGGAAAUACUCUAGAUAGAGAUGCAAAGACUAUUCAGCAUGCUUUCAUAAGAGGACACAUUACAUCAGAGGAGAAAGUUCUUUUAAAUCACGCAAAUGACAGUGCUGAUCAAAACAAUGCCUCAAAGUCUGUCAGAGGCAAAAGCAAAUUACAAAGUUCCUUGGAUGAAUAUGAGUAUGAGUGUGAUUCUGUUACCCAUAUGGAUAGGAUAAAUCAUUGUGCUCAUCAAAGAAAUCAACUUAAAUCUGUUAAAAGGAAAGACAAACAUGAAGACUUCUAUGAUGAAGAUGACGGGCCUUUGCUGAUGCAUUGGCUGAAGAAGAAAAUUCCUAAAAAAGCAAAUGCUUAUGAAAUAGAUGCACAUACCAAUCAUUUCAAUGGUAACUUUCUUCCAUCCAACUUUUCUGCUGAUUUAUCUGGUAGCAAGGAUCGGGGUGUAGAUGUCAGAGAUAGUGUUGUGAGUUUACAGAAGCAGAAAUAUGCUUUUAAUCAGAAACAAACUUUAUCACCCAAAGAUGGCCAAGUGGCAUCAACUAUUCUGAUCCGUGAAGAAAUGAUGUCCGAGAAUUUCAGUUCCCAGGAUAUUAGUAAAAAAAACACAGUCAUCAUGGAGAAAACACAGAAUUUUGGCAAGAAAUCUCCACUUGGAGAAGGAGAAAAUUCUAUCUUACAUAGCAUAAUAAAUAAAAAGCCUCGUAAUGACAGAAUAGAAUUUUGCCGUACAAAGGAUUCUUCUUCUACACAAAAUAAAGCUUCUUUCAAGGUUUGGGAGAAGGCAUCAAAGAAGCCACAAAACAUGCAGUCUACUGACCAAGAAGCUCUAGAUGAUUUUCCAAUGGAUAUUGUUGAAUUAUUAGCCAGGAAUCAGCAUGACCGAGAUCACCAUUUAGCUGAAACUGAUGCUACAAACAAGCUUAUGUUCCCCACAAUAACUGGAAACAUCAAUUACUCUUUCGGUCUCGAUUCUUCUCAACUAAACAGACAAAAACUAUCAGAUGCAGAACAAGGGAAUCUUUCAUGGCAAACAUUCCAAGUCAACAACCAAGGUUUUGAUGUUAGGACUACAUUCCCAUGUAAUGGUGGGAUUGACCAGGAGCCGAAAGCUUGCCAUUGUUCUAUCAAUGGAAAGAAAAUGCUUCAGAUUGAUUUAAACCAAUGUUAUAGUGAUUCUUUAAUUACUAGAGCAGCAUCUGGUAAUUUGGACAUUAAUAGUAAUGGCCAUCAGCCAAUUUUCUCCUGUUGCAGAAGCAAUAAUUUGAAGUCUUCACAAUCAAUUAUUGAGAAUCAGACAGUUGCUUGUGAAAAUCUAUCCAGAAAUCUCCAUUAUGAAGUGAUACAACGUAGAAACGGUACAUCCUUUGGAGUUGACAGUUAUUUUUUGAAUAAUUUGAAUGGUUCAGUCCAUGGAAGGGAUCUGAAAAUGUUUCCUCCAUCAUGUGAUUAUGAGAUGCCAAGAAACCCAAUUGGAAAGCAACACCAUUGGGGCUUUUCCCGAACAGCUCCAAAUGCUUCGUCUUUCAUGGAAUUAGCAAAUCAUUCUCAUUCAAAUUUUUGUCCGGCAGACCUUUACAGCAAUGAAACCAUAUCUGCUUUGAAUUUGCUAAGGCUUAUGGAUCAAUCUGCACGGUCUGGUGAACCUCGACAUCCUUACCGAAGUUAUUCAGGAUUUACUAAGGAGGACACGUGUUUCAAUGGUCAAUAUAAUGACUCACAAUUAACAUAUGGAAGCCAAGGAAAAGAGCUCGGCUUACAUCCCUUGGAAGUUAAUCCAAAUCCAUGCCAACCAAGAAAUUCCUGCUUGCCUCUCCGACCACUUCCCAGAAUUGGAAUAUUAGGACCUUCAUUGCAAAAGGAGAUCUUUAAUAUGUCAAAGGACGGUAGAAUACCUACCAAGAGUUCUCAGGUAUUUCUUAAUGCUAAUGUGAAUGAGAAAAUAAAAACUUCUUGUUUGAACCCAAACACUUCGACAUGGAACUCUUGUAACUCUCUUUUUAGAUGCAAAUGCUCUGCAAAAAUUGGCCCAGAUAGAGAUUUUGAUAGAUUUUCCACAUCAAAUACAAGAUUUUCCUUAGUUAGGGAUGGUACAACUCGAGGUGAGUUGAACAAUAAAGUUGAUGCUAUUCUUCCCUUGGGUUUUUGUAAGAUGGAAAUAUGUGUUGUUAACAGAAAUCCUGCUGAUUUUACUGUGCUUGAUGAAACUAAUGAGUAUAUGAUAGAGACCAAGGAACUAAAGCUGAAAUCUGUGCCUCCAUCGGAUAACCUUCGAGGUUCUGUACAUGGGCAGAAGAAGCAGAGAGUUAUGAAGCUCAAUGAUCUGAAAGCAUUUGCAAUGGGAUGAAAUUUCAGGCACCUAUUAGUGUCAAAAUUUUGUUAUUUUAAGGAGUUUCAGUAAAUAUCAAAUGAAACUCCUAAUUGUCAAUAUGUGUAUACUUUUUUUUUAAAUUUUCUUGUAAAGAAGUCGUCAUUAAGCUCCAAACAGCCUAGAAGAAUUGGAAUAAUGUCACUCUGGGCAUCUAAUUAUGCAAAGAGAUUCUGAUUAUUUCUUUGUUAAGGUCUUAAUAGCUGAUUGUGUGAUAUAAAAGCCGGAAUUUGGCCCCAAGUAACAGGUAUGAUUGGCUUGGUUCUUAACGUUGUGGAAUAAAGUUUCAUUGGUUAUACCGCUUCCAACUACAGCGGCUUGGUGUACAGUGAAGAAGUCUUUCAGUCUUAUACAAUGUCUUCGAUACACUUAUUGGCUAUCUUCAUUCAACAUUAUAUGCUUAUCAAGGAGAUAUCAAUGAUCACAGGUUCUUCUCUUGCUUUUGAACAUAGCAGCUUUGAGGAUGUUGCCCCAACUUGUCUGUCAAUGUAAUGUUUCAAGAGUUUAUAAUUUGUAUGACGCUUAAUUUACCUAUUCCAAUUCUGGAGAUGAAAUAAAACAAAUGAUUAAAAAGGUACGCUUUUUUACUCAUUCCAAUUUUUGUUAGAACAUUCCUAUCAUUCAAAAGGUAUGAUGUAUUCCUCAAUUCUGAGCUUUACUAGAGAUGAAAUUCUUGUUCUUCUCUACUGGCCACUUUUACAAACACCAGCCUAAUAUCUUUUUUAAAACAACAAUCCCAUGUAAAAGUUUUUGUGGAUUGGGGUAUUAUUAAACCAAACU